UGGCUCCGAACCGCGGCGGGACGGAGUAAAAGGCGGAAGCGGAGGUUGGGGUGCGGGAGAAGGAGCGCUAUGGAAGGAGUCAAGUGUCCGGAGCACGGGACCUUCUGCCUUUUGAAAACCGGAGUUCGCGAUGGCCCGAAUAAAGGAAAGAGCUUCUAUGUGUGCCGAGAGGACUCUUGCAGCUUCGUGAAGACCACCGACAUUCCUGUUUCUCAUUGUUUAUUGCAUGAGGACUUUGUGGUAGAGCUUCAGAGUUUGUUUCCACUACAAGGCAAGAAAAAAUGCAGGUUAUUCUUCCGAUGCACGAGAAGCAAGGCAGAGGGAAAACACUGGUGUGGAAGUGUUCCCUGGCAGGAUCCUAAUUCUAAAGAAUAUCCUGUAACCAAUAAAUCUCAGCACACAUCUGAGCCAUUUCCUCAUCCUUCCAGUCAGCCCAGAAACCCAUUCAAGGUUCUCGACAAGAAUCAAAACCCAGCUCUCUGGAAACAGUUUGUCAAAGGGGGAGGGGAGGAAAAUAUGGCCGCUAAGAAGUCAAGGGAAAAAGGAGACCAGUCCAUGUAUCAAAAGCCUGACUCUAACUGCUCGAUGGAUAAAGAGUACUCAUCUAGUCUGGUAAUAAAGAAAAAGCAAUCUGGAAUUCAAGAGGAGGAGCAAGAAGAGACAACAGAGGAAACUAAAGGAAUUACAUCCAGACAGCACCCGGGGAAGGGGCCGAAAGGACCAUCUGUAUCUCCUCAGGAGAAGUCAGAUGGUGAGAGUAAAGAUGUUCAAAACAAAUCAGAAUCUCCAAGAGAAAAGGAAACCCAGUUUUUGCCUCAGAAGGUUCAUGGUCAGAACCAAGUAAGCCAGCCUCAAAAAGGGGAUCACCUCGGCAAGGAGCACCUCAAGAACUUGGAAGCUAAAGAAGCAAAGGCAAAGGAUGGCCCAAGCACGCAGACCUUCCAGAAAAGGCUGCCCCAGGAGCAUUUCCAGGCACCCUCUGGGACCCGGGGACCUGCUCCUAAAGGACAAGCAACACCAGGGCUUUCCCUGGGCGAGGGGUGCCCUGCUGCCUCCAGCAGUAGUGAAAGUGAGGAAGAUGACGUUUCCUGUAUCCCAGGAAGCCCCCUACUCUUUGACUCGACUAUGGACUCACCAAAGUCAGAGAACCUUCAACUCCCUGUUCAAAGUGUGCAAAGAAAAACAUCUGCUUCCUUGAACGUUUCCAAGAAGAAAGAACCCUCCGAUCCAGCUGCCCAGCGUGUGUACCUUACAACACAACUGAAACAAAAGAAGAGCACAUUGGCAGUGGUGAACAUCCAGGCUCUUCCAGACAAAGGUGAAAAGUUACUCAAGCAAAUCCAGAUGUUGGAGGAAGCACUCAGUACUCUUGCCCUCUCCCCAGAGCAAGGAGCUAGUGAGAAGAGUAACACUCAAGUACGACAGAGUACCCUCACCAAAAGUACUGUGGGCCCUCCUCACAUGGUGUCUCCCCAGCCCCUUGUGGGUCAUGAUCUUCAGCCUCUGGACCCUUUAAGGCUACAGGCAGCCUGCCAGGUAACUACUGGAGGACUCAGCCACUGCUCUGGAGAUCCUAGGAACCAAGAUCACCUUUAUGCAGUAUGGAAAAUCACAAGUGAAGCCAUUGAUAGGCUGCAUCGAUCACUGGAGUCAUGUCCUGGUGAGACAGCAGUGGCAGAAGAUCCAGCCGGCUUGAAGGUCCCACUGCUACUGCACCAGAAGCAGGCGUUAGCCUGGUUACUAUGGCGGGAAAGGCAAAAGCCACAGGGCGGAAUUCUAGCGGAUGAUAUGGGCUUAGGAAAAACCCUGACAAUGAUUGCACUCAUACUAACCCAGAAGAAUCAAGAGAAAAGCCAAAAAAGGGAUGAAAACAUAGCUGUGACAUGGCUUUCCAAAGAUGACUCCUCUGACUUUACUUCCCAUGGAACACUAAUUGUCUGUCCCGCUUCCCUCAUCCAUCAUUGGAAAAAUGAGGUUGAGAAACGUGUGAACUGCAACAAACUAAGAGUCUAUCUCUAUCAUGGGCCAAACAGGAAUCUGACUGCGAAAGCCCUCUCUAUGUAUGACAUCGUGAUUACUACUUACAGCCUUCUGGCCAAGGAGAUUCCCACAGUGAAGCAGGAGAGAGAGGUUCCAGGUGCAAACCUCAGGGUAAAGGGCAGCUCAACACCUUUGCUUCAAAUAGUCUGGGCUCGAAUUAUAUUGGAUGAAGCUCAUAAUGUCAAGAAUCCCCAUGUGCAGACGUCCAUUGCUGUGUGUAAGCUGCAAGCCCGUGCCCGUUGGGCUGUCACUGGAACCCCUAUACAAAACAACCUGUUGGAUAUGUAUUCACUGUUGAAAUUUCUCCGCUGUUCUCCAUUUGAUGAAUUCACCCUGUGGAAAAGUCAGGUUGAUAAUGGUUCAAAGAAAGGAGGAGAACGGUUAAGUAUUUUAACCAAGAGCCUUCUGCUGAGGAGAACAAAGGACCAACUGGACUCCACUGGCAAACCCUUGGUGAGGCUGCCUCAGCGUAAAUUUCAGCUGCACCGUUUGAAGCUUUCUGAAGAUGAAAAGCUGGUUUAUAAUGUCUUUUUUGCAAGAUCAAGAUCUGCUCUGCAGUCCUAUUUGAAAAGAGAUGAAAGUAGAGAUAACCAAUCUGGAAGAAGCUCUAAUAAUCCAUUCAUCAGAGUGGCCCAGGAGUUUGGGUCCAGUGGGCCUGGGCAGACCAUGGCAGCAGACUCACAGAGAUCCAGCACCGUCCAUAUACUGUCCCAGUUGCUGAGGCUCCGUCAGUGUUGCUGCCAUCUUUCUUUACUGAAGUCGGCCCUGGAUCCUGCAGAUCUGAAGAGCGAAGGCCUUGUCCUGUCCCUAGAGGAACAGCUCAGUGCUUUGACCUUGUCCGAACUCCAUGAUUCAGAGUCGUCUCCUACUGUUUCCCUCAAUGGCACACCCUUCAAGGUGGAACUUUUCGAAGACACACGACAGAGCACCAAGAUAUCAUCUCUGUUGGCAGAGUUGGAGGCAAUCCGAAGAAACUCAGGGUCCCAAAAGAGUGUCAUUGUCUCUCAGUGGACCAGCGUGCUGAAAGUGGUAGCACUGCAUCUUAAGAAGCAUGGAUUCACUUAUGCCACCAUUGAUGGCUCCGUCAAACCCAAACAGAGGAUGGACUUGGUGGAGGCGUUUAACCACUGCAGGGGCCCUCAGGUUAUGCUAAUCUCUCUCUUGGCUGGAGGUGUUGGUCUAAACCUAACUGGAGGAAAUCAUCUUUUUCUUCUGGAUAUGCACUGGAAUCCAUCACUUGAAGAUCAGGCUUGUGACAGAAUUUAUCGAGUAGGGCAGCAGAAAGAUGUUGUCAUACACAGAUUUAUUUGUGAAGGAACAGUGGAAGAGACCAUCUUACAGCUCCAGGAAAAAAAGAAAGAUCUGGCACAACAGGUUCUGUCAGGGUCUGGAGAAUCUGUCACCAAGCUCACCUUGGCUGACCUCAAAAUCCUUUUUGGCAUCUAAGGUCCUGUCUAUAGAGUAUAGAAUAGUGCCAUUUCUGAUGUGGUGGGGUCCAGGACUAAAACCCUAGCACGAUCCCUGAGCUCUGUUCUUGCGUUCCUUUUCACCUUCAAGCCUUAACACUCUCCUCUCAAAAUGGGGAAUAAUCUUAUCCCUAGAAUUGAGGGUGGGUUAUCAUAUUCAACAAUCAGCACUCAUGUUAAUCAAUCAGUUUAUUUGAAGAAUGGCACAGAAAUUAAUCCAUUUUUUCAGAUAAACAAAUGCCUUGGAGCUACAUGGUUUUGAAGACCAUCUCUCACAGAAUUGGAUUUAAGCUUCAGUAAAGCUCAAAAAACCCUCUGUUGCUUCUCCGUCCUGAGCUGUUGGGAAAAGCAGUGUUAUUACCAUCCCCGACACAGACUCCACUCAUCUUUCCAUCUCUUGGUGCUGGUGAGGCUGCUCCUGUGACUGUCCCUCUGGGCUGAGCAGAGUCGAUCCCCGUGGCCAGCCAUUCUCUGCAGCCAUUGCAAUCCAGGCGGUUCUCCCUCUCAGGAUUAAUCUCAGGGAGGUGCUUUGCAUAUAAAUAGAUGUUAAGUAUCUGUGCCAUUUGUACCAGCAUGACUUUUUGGUAUUUACAUCAUUGUUUCAUCUAGUAGUAUAUCAAUAUCAAAUGUCAUUUAGGUUUUGUUGGUGAUGGUGGUGGGGAUUGAACCCAGGAGUGCUCUACCACUGAGCUACUCACCUAGUUUUUGUUAUUUUUAAUUUGAGACAUUCCUAAAAACUUACUUUCCUAAUUUCUGCUAGAAAGAAUCGUGUAGUUCUUCCCAGAUAGAAAUAUUCCCUCAAAGUUGGAUAAAGAAACAAAACCCUGUGUUAACACAGUCACAGUAGGGACUGAGACACUGUAGUGUUCAAGUAAAGCUUCCCUCUAAGGACCAGAUAUUAAAGGCUUAUAAAUAUAAUGGGGCCCUGGUGGGAAGAAUUCUGAUCUGGGCCUUUGACUCAGCUCUAAUUCUAGUUUCCCAUUAGCUGGGCUGCCUGGUCAGCGUUGGAGAUCCAGGGUGCUCCUGGGGCACACUCCUGCAUGCCCAUGCCUUUCUUGGAGGCCACAGUGUGGGUGCUUUCCUGGAGCUUGGGGGGGAGCUGGGACUGGUGAGCCUCCUGUGCCCCAUGUCAUUUUGUGCCUGGCUUUACCUUAGUUCCUUCUGCUUUAUGUUCUAGUGACUUGAGCACUCCUCAUCCAGGGCAAAGUAAGGAGUCCAGGACAGGGAUAAGGACCCUGGGUCAUGGCCGGAGGAGUGCCCAGCAUUCACUGGGCACAGAGCGGACUGAGCGGGUGUCCCUGGCCUGACUUCAUCUUGGUGUCAGUGGGAGCCCCCAGGCAGAUCCCUGCACAGAAUGGGCAUGUUAUUGUGUAUCUCACUGGACACAGGACUCAUCAGUGUUUUUAGGCCAUAAACUUCAAGAAAAAGAGAACCCUAACAAAAAAUAGUCAGCAGAGGGAUUGUAUUAGAUGAGUCUUUGAUGAGGUUUCUGGAUGUCAUAAGCCUCAGGAAAGUAAUGAUGGCCUCUGAGAGCUGAUGGUCUUUGCAUACUGUGCAGGUUACCAAUCCUUAGUAACCCUCCCGGACCUCGCCCUACUCCCUGCUUGGUGAGGAUAUUUUUCUUGAGACUCAAAUGAUGCCAUCCUCUGGUUGACUUUAGCCUCCAUCUGGAGCAGGGAACUAACUGUUUUUUCCAGAAGCCUAUUUUUUAAUUCAUGCAUGAGGCUUUUUCCUGAGUGAGACGUUUACAAGAUCAGAUAUAUUCAUUUUCCCCAGUGAAAUGACUCACUUUGGACCAUUUUGCAAAUGGAGGACUUUGCUUCUUGUUCUCCAGGAUGGCGCAUCUGCUUUUGUCUCCAUUCAGAUGGAGGCUCUGGAAGCUCCCAAAUUUGAGUCAUCCUAUAAUGUAUUUAUGGGGGAACCUGGAAGAGAAAAGGGUUGUAGAAUCUGGAUUCUGAAAGGAAUACAGAGGGCUGGGUAUGUUGCUCAGAGGUAGAGUGCUUGCCUAGUAUGCACAAGGUCCUAGGUUUGCUCCCCAGUACCACAAAAAAAGAAACAAAACGGAAGUGUGUGGAGGCUGGGAAAGAGCAUUGCAACUGUAUAUAUUUUUUUUAAUGUAUAAGAAAGUUUAUUAUCCCCAGUUAUCAAAAUGUGUAUUAUCCACACCAACUCUGUUUAUGGAAGUGGGCUGGCCAGGUUGGACAAAUGUAUGACCUAAUUCACACCAAUAGAGAUAGCAUUUCAGAUUCAUCACCAGAGGAGGAAAGGAUGGCAAAUCCCUGGCUGCCAUUUCCAGCACAGCGUAUAAGUCCUGGAUGUAAACUGUGUUUUUCUAUGGAAAUUUAUUUUUUCUUCUUUAAAAUUAAAAAAAAAAAAUCAUUGUCAGUGCAUCUACUUACCUAGAACAAACACUUCUUGAUAAAAAGUCCAAGACAGACUCCAAUACAUUAAUACUGGGUGAUUUCAACACACCUCUCUCACCAGUAGGCCAUUCACACAUAGAUUAAGUAAAUACUCUUCAGACCUAAAAAAUACUAUCAAUCAAAUGGGCCUAACAUGUAUGAAGACUCGAAUUGGGUGUAAACAGAUACACACACACACAUACAUACACACACAGAGAUAUGAAAAAUUGUGGUAUAUAUGUGUAAUAAGAAUUGUAACGCAAAAAAAACACCAAAAUACAUGUAUAAAUUGGCGUGAACGAAUCGGCGUGAACAUACUCUAUAUACAAAGAUAUGAAAAAUUGUACUCUAUAUGUGUAAUAAGAAUUGUAAUGCA